AUGAAUAGGGAAAGAGACAAAGAGAUAGUGAAAAAGGCCGCGGUUCGCGGAAAAAUUAAGUCGGUUGAUUAUGUUACUACUGAAAAUAAUAAAAAUUAUGCAAUAGUUAUUAAUAAGGUAGCCAGUUUAUACGCUAUUAGGGUGAUUAAUUAUGAUGAGGAUGAAAAUGAGAUAAAAAUAAAAGCGGUCAAGAGGUUUCCUGACUUGAUGGGUUUUUACAGAACAAAGGAGCUAGCUAAUGAAGAAUUAGAGAAAAUUAAAUCGAACAGUGAGUUGAUAAAUCAAUGUCAGUAUGAAAUUGAAACACAAGAGGAUGACGUGGAAAAUAUAUUGUUAAUUGGGCGAACGGGUGGUGGUAAAUCUACUUUGGCUAAUGUAAUCAGCAAUACUGAUGAAUUUGGGGAGAGCGGAAGUUCAGUCAGUAAAACCAAAAGAUUUCAAACCAAAGACUUUACAUGGAAUGGAACGAAAUACCGUAUUGUGGAUACUAUCGGAGUUGGUGAUACCAAAAAUUCCGAAGAGGAAGUUUUAUAUAUGAUCGGGGAAGCUGUCCACUCAAUGAAGAAGGGAAUAAAACAAGUAUUUGUGAUCAUAGGAGGAAGAUUUACCAAAGAAGAAGUGGAAACUUUUGAUUUACUCAAAAAAGCUAUUUUUGAGAGUGGCAUUACUAAAUACACUACUAUUGUCAGAACAAGAUUUGAAGAUUUCGAAAAUCCAGAAGAAUGUAAUAAAGAUAAAGAAAAUUUAAAGAAUGAGAAUAAAAAAAUUUUUAAAUUGGUUGAUUCUUGUAAUGAUAUCGUCUAUGUAAAUAAUCCUCCUCUAAGUAAGAGAAGAUUAGAGGAUAAUAAAAAAGACAGAGAAAAUUCUCGAAAAAUAUUACUGAAAUAUUUAAAUUAUUGCGGGGACAAUUACAAAGUGGAUAAUUGGGAUAAUAUAUGCGUUAGAGUUAAUGAUUUUAUGAAUGUUAAAAACUUAAAAGUGAAAGAAUACGAAGACAUCGCAAAUGCGAGUAGUUUAAACGUUAUAACUGAAAAUAGGAUAAAAAGGGAGAUAAAAGAGAUGGAAAAAAGAGUCAUUGAAGAAGUGAAAGAAGUAAGGAAUCAGUCAAGAGAAACAGAGGUCCGUGCUAGAGUAAAAAUUCCUUUAUUUGCUGAUAUAGAACUGUUAACAAAUGUAAAAGGUGGUUGUUGCUCGAUUAUCUAG